UUGCGUAGACCACAGAGACUUGACUUGAUGCUGCCAUGGAGUGAUGCGCAGAAUCGACCUUACACAGAAUGAAUCUGUGCAAAGAGCUUGUGGCUGGCAAAAGAAUGUUGCAGAGGAAAUCCUGGAGUUCUUGGAAAUGGCUUUGGAGGAAGGCUGUAUGUCUCUAACUGAGUCGCGAUGCAAGCAUAUCCUUCAGCCCUUGGAAGACAUCGACGGUGAACGUGACGGCAAAGACCGAGGAACGUUUCGGCUGUUGAAGACUGUCUCCAUUUUUCUCAGGCUCCGUGGAUUUCAGCGUGGAGAGCCACCUUUCCGAGAGAUGAUCAUUGAUGGUCAGCCCUUGGUGGGCAAAGGGUGCCGUGCUUUGGAGCAAGCCGUUCAUUUGGCACGUACGUCAGCGAGGCUCAGGCGCAUUGAGCUUAUCAAUUGCCAUUUAGAUGCCAGCGAGGCCUGUGUGGCCGAGGUCAUUCGGCUUGUGAAGAUGUUGGGCACUGGAAGUGGCAGCUACUUCUUAGAAGAGCUCAACUUGUCUGAGAACAGUUUGGGUGAUGAUGCCGCUGGUCGCAUCAUUGAAGCAGCUGUGCGGGACCGCUGCCGUCGGGAUGAUGCCACAGCCUUAUGGCUCGAUCUGAGUGUCAAUCGCAUCAAGAACCCGCAGUCGCUGUUCCAGAAAAUGGAGGCUUGGUCAUCAUGGGCCUACCGAGAAUUUGCAAUCUGUUUGGCUCAAAGCAACAUUUGCUCCAAGGAGGAGUGCAAGCAUUCCUCACUGGUGCACCUGCCCAGAUUCUUUGAGCAGGAACAGAAGGCCUCACAAGUGGUUCUCAUUGAACGAGAAGCGAGUAAUGAUGCCUCCGAUCGAGGAGAGCCUUUGGUGAUGAGGCCACGUGUGAACUUACUACCAGGUCCAGGAGCUGAAGACAGGACGAGCAGGUCCAGAAGCCCCAGAGGGUCUUCAGGUGAGCCAGUAUGUGCCGCAAGUGCUGAGUCAAGCUCCAUGGAAGAAGGGGAGGAGGAAGAAUUUGAGGAGGACGAAGAGGAGGAAGAAAUGGAAGAAGACAGUGACGAGGACAUGCACAAAGGAGCCAAGUCAAGGAGAAGGACAAGCCGUGGAAGCAGCGAGAGUAGCGAUGGGGACGCGCCCAUGAGCCAGGCGCAAGUUGAAGAGAAGCUGGAGAGGCUGCUGAGCAAGCUCAAGAAGACAGAGAGGAGUGUGCCAAAUGGUACAGAUCUUGGCCUUCCUCAGAGCACAGAGCCAGCAAAGCCGGCUGAGGAUACAGGUCCUGUCGGAGAGAAUCCAGCCGAGAUCAACCACGACGCCCACGAAGCGAACGACGAAGUCAACGGCGAAGUGAACAAUGAAGUCAACGGUGUUAACGAUGAAGUAAAUCGUGAAUUCAGUCCAGAUGAAGAUUCGGAUCGGGAAGUGCCAAUGGCACACGUGGAAGAUCAAAGGAGAAAUCACGCAGAGGAGCCGGCUGAGGCACAUGCUGACGAUUCGAGGCAGACUCCGGGGAAUGGUCCGGCUGAAGCAAUGCCGAUUGAAGGAACAGACGUGGAAGUUGCAGAAGAUGCCGCACUUGGGAAUCCUGUGGAUGAUAUGGAUCAUCAUGAAUCCUGCUGUACAUUAAAUCCCGAUUGAAUUCAAUGUGCAUCGAAAAAUGGCAUGGAGAAUCCAACAAAUAGAAUCCAAUAUCAAGCUUUCACAAGCCGA